GUUAGGGUUCAGCGACUUGGUAUGUGAGCGUGCGUCUCAUUUUCUCUCCGUUCGAUUUAAUAACAACGUUUCCCCUUGGUUGUAAGUUAUUACAGAUGGACGCGAUGCUGAUAUGCUAAAAACAUUUUCAACACAAAAUCAUUUUGCAUGGAAACGUUUGCGGUUACUCAAGAAAAAAAUAAAGCGGCUUCAGCAUCCUUCUUGAUGUGAAAUAGUGAAUUCGGUCUUCCAGUUUUAUUGGAUUUAAUUUGCAGCCGUGACAACUAUAAUUGAUAUGUCUCUCUAGGUAAAAAUAAAUCCUCAAGUCCGAAGCGGUUGCAAGAAGGCAAUUUCUUAUUUAUUUACACUUGUUUAAAUCAUAUAAGAGGUGAGCAACAACUUUUGGAAUGUUACAAGAUGAAGAAUCAGAAUGACGACAGUUUGUUAUUUAAACUCCACCGUCUAAAUCGGAACUGUUUUGGAGGACCGUGACCAUAUGCGGACUUGGACAAUCAUUAGAAAAGCUGAAACCUGAAAGAUCAUGGCUGUGAUCGACAACCCAAGUGAAGCAUUCAACACCCUGCGUCCCGUAUGUGUAAAACUAACCCAAGAGCAGACACUGCAAAAUGUUGAGAAGCUGCACUCACAGCUGCAACAAAUAAGUGACUCCGUUUUACAGCAACUACUGGAGUAUGUUCUUUUUCCUCUGCGUUUCACCCUCAAAUCUCCUGGUCAAAAGAAGGACCGUCUGAUCUGUGCUGUGGUAAAAUGCAUCCGUCAUAUUUUAUCCGUCACAUGUGUUCAAAAGUGGGAUCUGUUAAACGACCUGUUUAAUGAGCUUUGUGUUCUUCUGUGUUCCCCUUCAAACCCUGGAAAUGUAGCACCUACAUCAGAAGAGUUGAAGACGGCCGUGGUCGAGGGCCUGUGUGCGUUGUUGCAUGCAGCCUAUGGAGAUAUUAAGUUCUGUUUGUAUGAGCCAAGCAUGCUGGCCAAUUUAGGAUUUGCAAUUUCUUUGUUACUUAAACUUGCUGAGCAUGAAAAAUCAAGGGCUGUUAAAAAAGUAUCCCUGCAGUGCCUUCUGUGUUUAACUUUGCAAUGUCAUUGCUGCAGAGAAACCGUCUCAUUAACUGAGGAAGAGACGAGGAGAUUAGGAAACACUUUUGCUUCCUUCUUGCCAGGAAUUUCUCUAGCUCUUUGUAAAAUUAUAAAUGGAGACAUUAAGCAGGGCAAUGCAGUAAUUGUAACUGCCAUGAAAGUCUUUUACAGAGCCACUGGUCUAGUAAUGGCUGAUACACAGCAUUCGGAUGUUAAUGUUAAAGAGGAUGUACCUACAGAGCGUGGGAGAAAUGGAGAACUUGUAAUAAAAAGGACUAAAGACUGGCUCAAAGACACAGCCAGCAAAUUAACUAUUCUUUUAAGAAGGGUAAUAAACUGUUGCUCCCGUCAUCCGCACUGGAAGGUUCGAAUUGAGUUAAUUGAGCUAUCCAAUUACCUUUUAAUCAAUUGUCAUGGCUCAUUGGCAGAAUCUGUUGGUAUACUCUUAGAAGCUUUAGUUGGCCUUGUGAGUGAUGAGAGCAAUCAAAUCAAGGAAAGAUGUGAAGAAGUAUUAAAAAGAAUAGCCGAAGGUAACCUGUUUUGUGAAAAUCGAGAAUUUUUGGAUAUACUAUCAGAAAAUCUUCAUUCUCUUACUACCCGUUUGCCUCGUCUAAUGAGAACUACUGAUGACAUGGAAAAGCUGUCUAACCUGAACCUUCUACUUGGUUACUUGAGGCUGCUUGGUCCAAGGAUUGUGAAUGUGUUGAAUUCUGCUGCCCACCUCUACUGCCUCUCUAAAGCACUGAUGCAAGUCUUAGAAAUGGAUGUGUCUGAUGUUAAGAUAGUAGAAGAAAGGACCAGUCAUGUUAAUGGGGAGUCAGAGGUAACAUUUGAGACACAAACACAAAAAAAAUACUUCAAAUACUUCACAAGCAAUGUUAUAUUUGAGCGUAUUCAGCAGAUAUGUAGAAUACUGGGGUAUUAUGGUAACCUGUAUUUAUUAGUGGAUCACUUUAUGGAUUUAUAUAGGAAAUCGGUGGUGUACAGAAAACAAGCUGCCAUGGUCAUUAAUGAAUUAAUUGCAGGAGCUGCUAAGAUGAAUGUAGAUGUGCUACAGGAGCAACACAAUUUGCUUCCCCAAGAAGACUUAAAAGCUUUGGUAACCUCUGUUACUGAGGAAUACACAUGCUCAGCAAACUGGCAUAUAUCCACUUCCAGCCAAAGUCCAGGUGAAGAAAAAAAUGAAAGGCAAAAUCACCAAAGAAUGCUCUGUAUCUCUGAAACAGCACAAACAUCAACUUCAUUAAGUAGCUCAAGCAUUCUCUCUAUAAAUAGUAAUAUCUGGCAGAUUUGCAUCCAGUUAGAAGGAAUUGGAUGCUUUGCUCUUGCAGUGGGAUCACAGUUUAAAUUGGUGUUAAUUUCAUCCUUAUACCCCGUGUUGGAAAAGGUGGGAGAUGAAAUUUUACUAAUCAGCCAAUCGGCACUGGAAACCAUGAAAACCAUUUGUAAAGCAUGUGGCUAUCCUUCAGUUAAGGACCUCAUUAAUCAAAAUUCAGAUUAUCUCAUAAAUGAUAUUUCUUUGAACUUGCAAAGGUUUACCCAACACCUUGACACACCCCGGGUUCUUGCUGCAAUGAUCAGAAACUCUGAUGUGAGUCUUCUUCCUUUACUGAGUGACAUUAUUCAAGAUGUGCUCCUGACUUUAGAUCUGUCAUAUGAUGAAAGAGCUCCCAUAUUCUGCAUGGUUCUGCAUUCUGUUGUUGGUGCAUUAGCCACCUGGUUCCCAACUGCAAGCACAUCCAGUGACCAAAGCAGAGGCACAGGUGGAGACAGUACAGUAAGUGAAAAGACAGACUUGGCCGAGGAGGUGAAAGGCUUCUUUUUGGAAUAUCAGAACUUAAAAGAGGUAGCAGAAGGAAAUUUUACAGACACAAAUGAGGACAAAGAUCAAGUAGAAUCCCCACAAGAUGAUUCUGUUUGCGAUCUUGAAGAGGACAGCUAUAAUGGCAAAGCAGUGGUACCAUGUCACAUUACAAUUGCCAAAGAUGUAAUGGAGAGAUGUAUUCACCUUUUAUCUGACAAAAGGCUACUUGUCAGACUCAAGGCUCUUGAUAUUCUUCAGCUUUGUGUCAGAGUACUCUGUGGUUUUGACAAUGAACUUCUCCCCAUGGCACAUAGGGUGUGGCCGUCUCUUGUCCAGAGGCUGACCAAUGAUGAUCCGUUAGUAGUACUGCGUGCUUUCAAGGUGCUAUGUACACUUUGUGAGAUUUGUAAGGAUUUCCUUAAGAGAAGAGUUUCCAAAGAAGUGCUUCCAAAAAUGACCGGAUCGCUGAUGAAGCAAGCUGCAGUCAGUGCUAAAGCUGGUCCUAUCUAUACACACACGUUGGCCUAUAAACUGCAGUUGUCUGUACUGCAAGGCUUAGGAGCUCUUGCUUGUCGUUUGGAUCUGGUGGAUGGCGACAUUGAUGUAAUCUUGGAAGCCUGCUUACCUUAUCUCAGCUGCAGACAACCUCUAAAACUCCAAGAGGCCUCUAUCAGUGUUUUCCAACAUUUAAUCAAGACUGACCCGGAUGCAGUUUGGCUUUCUCUGACUGAGGUUUUCUGCCCGUACUCGUAUUCUCCACAGAGGUCAACAUUUCAUGACAUCCAGCUCAGUGGUAUGGGUAAGAGCAGGGAUGAGUUUAGCGACAACAUUGUAAAGCUGCUUUCUCAGAUAGUAAACUAAUUUCUGCUUCACUGUAAUAUCAACAAAUGUAAUAUUUUUGGAUUCUCAAUAAAACAUACUUGGUUAUUGUUA